GGGGGGAGGAGGUGGAGAAGGGGGAUGUGAAGGAAAAAAACCGACGGGCACGAUCGCUCUUUGUUUCUGGCUAAAGGAGGAAAACCGAGGGACGCUGCGACCGGCGAGCCUCCAAACAUCAACUUUCGCCACUUGUGGGUUCUUUGCGGCUGUCGCACAUCCCCAGUUUCCUCUGAGAGAUGUCCACCCCUGACCCCCCGAUGGGAGGGACACCUCGGCCCGGUCCCUCCCCGGGCCCAGGUCCGUCUCCAGGAGGCAUGAUGGGCCCCAGCCCGGGUCCCUCGCCGGGCUCGGCCCACAGCAUGAUGGGCCCCAGCCCGGGACCCCCCGGAUCAGGACACCCCCACCCUCAGCAGGGGCCUCCAGGAUACCCUCAGGACAACAUGCAUCAGAUGCACAAACCCAUGGACUCCAUGCACGAGAAGGGAAUGCCUGACGACCCCCGCUACGGCCAGAUGAAAGGAAUGGGCAUGAGACCAGGGGGGCACAGCGGGAUGGGACCUCCUCCAAGCCCCAUGGACCAACAUUCCCAAGGCUACCCCUCCCCCCUGGGGGGCUCGGAGCAUGCACCCAGCCCCGUCCCAGCCAACGGCCCCCCCUCUGGUCCCAUGAUGCCUGGCGGUCCGUCUGGCCCCGGGGCAGGCCCUAUGGAGAGUGGCGGUGAUCCAAAUCAGGGUAUGGGCCAGCAAAACCGUGGCGGUCCACAGGGUCCAGGAGGGCCCCCGGCGGCCGGAGGUGGUCCGGGUGGCGCGGGCGGACCCACCCCCUUCAACCAGAACCAGCUACACCAACUCAGGGCUCAGAUCAUGGCCUAUAAGAUGCUCGCUCGCAGCCAGCCGCUGCCCGAGCACCUGCAGAUGGCCGUGCAGGGGAAGCGCCCCAUGCCGGGCAUGCAGCAGCAGCCCAUGCCCAACAUGCCCCCCUCCACCGGACCCGCAGGUGGGCCGGGCGCUGGGCCAGGACCUGCUCAGGCAAACUACAAUAGACCACAUGGUAUGGUUGGCCCCAAUAUGGCUCCUCCUGGACCUGCAGGAGUCCCCCCAGGUAUGCAAGGCCAACCUACCAAUGGACCUCCCAAAUCCUGGCCUGAAGUGAAUGCUGCUGCCCCGUCCAACCCCCCUCAGAAGCUGAUCCCGCCCCAGCCCACCGGCAGACCGUCUCCCGCGCCCCCCUCCGUGCCUCCGGCCGCCUCCCCGGUGAUGCCCCCGCAGACGCAGUCCCCGGGGCAGCCGGCGCAGCCGCCUCCCAUGAUGCUGCACCAGAAGCAGAACCGCAUCACCCCCAUUCAGAAACCCCGCGGGCUGGACCCGGUGGAGAUCCUCCAGGAGCGGGAGUACCGGCUACAGGCUCGUAUCGCUCAUCGGAUACAGGAGCUGGAGAACCUGCCGGGCUCGCUGGCAGGCGACCUUCGCACCAAAGCCACCAUCGAGCUGAAAGCCCUGCGGCUGCUGAACUUCCAGAGACAGCUCCGUCAGGAGGUGGUGGUCUGCAUGCGCCGGGACACGGCUCUGGAAACGGCCCUCAACGCUAAAGCCUACAAGCGCAGCAAGCGCCAGUCGCUGCGCGAGGCCCGCAUCACCGAGAAGCUGGAGAAGCAGCAGAAGAUCGAACAGGAGCGCAAACGUCGCCAGAAGCACCAGGAAUACCUCAACAGCAUCCUGCAGCACGCCAAGGACUUCAAGGAGUACCACCGCUCCAUCACCGCCAAGAUCCAGAAGGCCACCAAAGCCGUCUCCACCUACCACGCCAACACCGAGCGCGAGCAGAAGAAGGAGAACGAGCGCAUCGAGAAGGAGAGAAUGCGGAGGCUGAUGGCUGAAGACGAAGAAGGUUACCGUAAACUCAUCGACCAGAAGAAGGACAAGCGCCUGGCGUACCUGCUGCAGCAGACGGACGAGUACGUGGCCAACCUCACCGAGCUGGUGCGCGCGCACAAAGCAGCGCAAGCCCUCAAAGAGAAGAAGAAGAAGAAGAAAAAGAAGAAGCCGGAGACAGCAGAAGGCGGCGCCGCGGCUCUGGGGCCUGACGGGGAGCCUUUAGAUGAGACCAGUCAGAUGAGCGACCUGCCGGUGAAGGUCAUCCACGUGGACAGCGGGAAGAUCCUGACGGGCGUGGACGCACCCAAGGCCGGGCAGCUGGAGGCGUGGCUGGAAAUGAACCCGGGGUACGAGGUGGCGCCGCGUUCAGACAGCGAAGACAGCGGUUCAGAGGACGAGGAGGAAGAGGAGGAGGAAGAGGAGGACCACCCUCAGCCUUCGUCUGCUCCGUCUGACGACAAGAAGAAGAAGAUUCCCGACCCCGACAGCGAAGACGUGUCAGAAGUGGACGUUCGGCACAUCAUCGAACACGCCAAGCAGGACGUGGACGACGAGUACGGCAACGCCGCCUUCAACCGCGGCCUGCAGUCCUACUACGCCGUGGCUCACGCCGUCACCGAGAAGGUGGACAAGCAGUCCUCGCUGCUGGUCAACGGGCAACUCAAGCAAUACCAGAUCAAAGGUCUGGAGUGGCUGGUGUCACUUUACAACAACAACUUGAACGGCAUCCUGGCUGACGAGAUGGGCCUGGGCAAAACCAUCCAGACCAUCGCUCUGAUCACUUACCUCAUGGAGUACAAGCGCCUCAACGGGCCCUUCCUCAUCAUCGUACCUCUCUCAACUUUAUCAAACUGGGUUUAUGAGUUUGAUAAGUGGGCACCGUCUGUGGUGAAAGUCUCCUACAAGGGAUCUCCAGCUGCUCGGCGCUCCUUCGUUCCCAUCCUGCGCAGCGGCAAGUUCAACGUGCUGCUCACCACAUACGAGUACAUCAUCAAAGACAAGCAGGUGUUGGCGAAGCUCCGCUGGAAGUACAUGAUCGUGGACGAAGGCCACCGGAUGAAGAACCACCACUGUAAGCUCACUCAGGUCCUGAACACGCACUACUUGGCGCCGCGGCGCCUGCUGCUCACCGGCACGCCGCUGCAGAACAAGCUGCCCGAGCUCUGGGCCCUGCUCAACUUCCUGCUGCCCACCAUCUUCAAGAGCUGCAGCACCUUCGAGCAGUGGUUCAACGCCCCGUUCGCCAUGACCGGAGAGAAGGUGGACCUGAAUGAAGAAGAGACCAUCCUGAUCAUCCGGCGUUUACACAAGGUGCUGCGACCGUUCCUGCUGCGCCGACUCAAGAAGGAGGUGGAGGCUCAGCUGCCAGAGAAGGUGGAAUACGUGAUCAAGUGCGACAUGUCGGCCCUGCAGAGAGUUUUAUACAGACACAUGCAGGCCAAGGGAGUGCUGCUCACAGACGGAUCAGAGAAAGAUAAGAAGGGUAAAGGAGGCACCAAGACCCUCAUGAACACCAUCAUGCAGCUGAGGAAGAUUUGCAACCACCCCUACAUGUUCCAGCACAUCGAGGAGUCUUUCUCGGAGCAUCUGGGUUACUCCGGCGGGAUCGUGACCGGGUCGGAGCUGUACCGCGCCUCGGGGAAGUUUGAGCUGCUGGACCGCAUCCUGCCCAAGCUGAGGGCCACCGGCCACAAAGUGCUGCUCUUCUGCCAAAUGACCUCGCUCAUGACCAUCAUGGAGGAUUACUUCGCCUACCGCAACUUCAAGUACCUGCGCCUGGACGGAACCACCAAAGCGGAGGACCGCGGCAUGCUGCUGAAGACGUUCAAUGACCCGGCCUCGGAGUACUUUGUGUUCCUGCUCAGCACCCGCGCCGGCGGCCUGGGCCUCAACCUGCAGUCCGCCGACACCGUCAUCAUCUUCGACAGCGACUGGAACCCUCAUCAGGACCUGCAGGCGCAGGACCGAGCCCACCGCAUCGGGCAGCAGAACGAGGUGCGCGUCCUGCGCCUGUGCACCGUCAACAGCGUGGAGGAGAAGAUCCUGGCGGCGGCCAAGUACAAGCUGAACGUGGACCAGAAAGUCAUCCAGGCCGGCAUGUUCGACCAGAAGUCCUCGGGCUUUGAGCGCCGGGCCUUCUUGCAGGCCAUUCUGGAGCACGAGGAGCAGGACGAGGUCGGGGCUCGAGGAGGCUGCCGCACUAGGGGGGCGUGGGAGGAAGACGAAGUGCCCGACGACGAGACCGUCAACCAGAUGAUCGCCCGCAGCGAGGAGGAGUUUGAGCAGUUCAUGCGCAUGGAUCUGGACCGCCGCCGCGAGGAGGCCCGCAACCCGAAGAGGAAACCCCGGCUGAUGGAGGAGGACGACCUGCCCGGCUGGAUUCUGAAAGACGACGCCGAGGUGGAGAGGCUGACCUGCGAGGAGGAGGAGGAGAAGAUGUUUGGCCGCGGCUCCCGCCAGCGGAAGGAGGUGGACUACAGCGACUCGCUGACAGAGAAGCAGUGGCUGAAGGCAAUCGAAGAAGGCAAUCUGGAAGACAUCGAGGAGGAAGUGCGCCACAAGAAGACGACCCGGAAGCGCAAGCGGGACCGCGACCACGACGGCGGCCCGGCCACGCCCAGCUCCAGCGGCGGCCGCGGGCGGGACAAAGACGACGAGGUGAAGAAGGCCAAGAAGCGCGGCCGGCCGCCCGCCGAGAAGCUCUCCCCCAACCCGCCGUCCCUCACCAAGAAGAUGAAGAAGAUCGUGGACGCCGUCAUCAAAUACAAGGACGGCAGUAACGGCCGGCAGCUCAGCGAAGUCUUCAUCCAGCUGCCGUCGCGCAAGGAGCUGCCCGAGUACUACGAGCUCAUCCGCAAACCUGUCGACUUCAGGAAGAUCAAGGAGAGGAUCCGCAGCCAUAAGUACCGCAGCCUGAACGACCUGGAGAAGGACGUGAUGCUGCUGUGUCAGAACGCUCAGACCUUCAACCUGGAGGGCUCCCUGAUCUACGAGGACUCCAUCGUGCUGCAGUCCGUCUUCACCAGCGUGCGGCAGAAGAUCGAGAAGGACGACGAGAGCGAGGGCGAGGAGAGCGAGGAAGAGGAGGAGGAGGUCGACGAAGGCUCCGAGUCUGAAUCCCGCUCGGUCAAGGUGAAGAUCAAGCUGAGCCGGAAGGAGAAGGGCGAGCGUGGCGGGAAGGGGCAGCGGCGGCGGGGCCGCGGAGCCCGGGCCAAACCGGUGGUGAGCGACGACGACAGCGAGGAGGAGCAGGAGGAGGAACGCUCGGCCAGUGGCAGCGAGGAGGACUGAAGCCGUCCCGCUUCAGAUUGGACCAACGGCCCGCUGAGCCCUCCACUGGACUUUAUAUAUUUUACUUAGAUACAGCAGGGAGGCAGCCAGAGCGACGGCCUAGUUUUACCUAGAUGACCUGAUUUUUAGUGAGACUAUUGUACUCUCAUUAAACUAUUCCAUUAAUUACGAAAAGAAAAGGAAGGAAAAAAAAGAAAAAAA